UCAUCGACUCCAACGAAUGGUUUUUCUAUGUACAUGCAAGUUCCAUCCUUGUUAGAAUAAUCUGAAACAAAAAUGCAACCUCACAUUUUGUAGACGGAGAAAGAGAUAAAGAGUGACCAUGGUUCUCAUACAACAGACACGAAUUUUGAAUUUCUUGACGAGAGUUAUGAAGGGUCGCUGGAAAGUACUAACGGGCUUGAUUAUGGCGAGAAUGAACAAAAAGAUGAAGAGGAAGAGGAAGAGGAAGACGAAGAAAGUAGUAGCUAGUAGGAAUGUUGAAGAUGACAGGGCCGGGCUUCAGGGGAAACACAACACCAACUUCUCCAUAGGGUCUAGUAAGUACCAGCUCCUAGUUCGGAAAGAGUUGGUAAUUCCUUGUUUACAAAACAAGGGUAAAUUGAGAUGUUCCCCGUUGAGGCCGAUCACUUCAGAUAGGUGUCCUUGACUGGAGUAUUCUUACUUUCACUCCUUUCGGUGCUCAACACUAGACAAUAUUAUGAUCUGGUCUCUGAUAUUAUGGGGAAAACGUACCUAUUAUGAACUCUGAAGUUUAUUGUGAGCCCAAUGGUACUGUUAAUUUCAGAUAUGAAAUCGUGAGAAAUACCCACAAUGGAAUUCCAACCUAAGCAGGAGUUCAAACGACGGUGAAUGCUGGUCAUGAGAUGGAACCCAAGGGGCAUUUAAAUUAACUUCUUGUGCGUGGAUUUGAACAUGAAGUGGAGAAAGUGAUGGAGCUAGUUACAGUGCCAAAAGAGUUUCGUUGAGCUUCACUUGGUUGAUCAGGUGAAUUCAAGCGACCAUGGGAAAGGUGAAAGGGCCACCAACCGUUGAUGAAAUCAAAGAACGUGUCAAUAUCAAACAAGAAGAAGGUAAUGUCACAAGAGAUGGUGUCAACCAUUGAUUUCCUCAUUCCUGUCGAGUUCAAGGAUCCAAUUGUGGAGUUAAAAGCGUCCUUGCCUUUCUUUUUGUUUGAAACAAAAGAAGACUAGCCUCAACUUCAAGCUUUUCAUACCAAUUCGAGGUCGAGUUCUCUCCAACCAAGGGAGCAUGAUGCGGCCCAUGGUUACAUAAUUUCAUAUGGUUGGAAGUUAUGAGACACUUGAUGGACCCAAUAAAAGUCUAUCAAAGGUUUUGACUUUUGACCACACAUUCAAUGUAUUUGAUCAUCACACAACACAUUCAUCUUAUCCUGCUAUCUAGGGAAUGGAACAGUGUUCGGCAUUAAACACAUUAGGAGCCUAUAAAUUGAUGUACUUCCAAGAGUUUGAAUGGAUUGAAUGAAUGAAGAUUUACAAGAGCUUUAAGCUUU